AUGGCAUCUUGGUCCUCUUGGAACACCUUAUGCCUGACCGUUGACUUCAUCAAGGAAGACCUCAGUGAUGUUGUGUCACUCUUCCUCCUCACAGCAUUUAGUCUGUCAGACUUCUUCAGCAAUGUCACCCAGCUUCCCUCCAUAAAUCUGACUGGCAACGGACUUUCUUCCAUCGACCAGCAUGCCUUUCGUGGUUUGCACAAUCUGACUCAUAUAACUCUCGACAAGAACAAUCUAGAUUUCAACUCCGUGCGACCAGUUCUGAAUGUAUCUUCGUUAAUUCAUUUGCGACUGUGCAAGAACUACAAAGUUACCUACAUUCCUGACAACAUAUUCUUGGAGUUUUCAUUACCACGCUUGCGGGAGUUGAUUAUUUCUGGAAGCAGUUUGCGAGUUUUAAAUAUGAGUGUUUUCAAACCGCUUAAGAAGCUCGUUACUCUGGACGUGGGUAACAGUGAUAUACAGAGAAUUGUGGGAGACAUUUUACCUUUGCUAAAUUAUCUCUUCCUCAACAAUAAUAACAUUCAAGAUGACUUCAUGCAGACGUGUUCCAAUACAAACGAGUCGCUUUAUCCAAUGCUACGCUAUCUCAGUCUAAAGAAUAACAAUAUUUAUAGCGUAGACCGGAAUGUUUGCCUGCCUAACUUAGAACAUUUAGACCUUGGACAUAACACAUUGCACCUCUUAAAGACGGGUGGUUUCUUGAGCCUUCGAAAGCUUCGAUUGCUUAGUUUGUCAGAUUUACGACUUAAAGAAAUCCAACCUCUUGCUUUCGCAAGCGACUCCCUGGAAACUGUGUACAUGUCAAGCAGCGACAUUGAUUUUUCUAGCGAUUCAAUCAGUGCGCAAAUGUUUCAUCAUUGCCCCAAACUUUCCUUUAUUAUACUUAAUAACAAUAAUUUUUCCAAUGUCACCGACGCAAAAUUUCAAGAACUUUUUCAUCGUAUGCCCAUGCUUACAACGGUCUACCUGGGUUAUUUAAAGAUCAAAACGAUCACAUCUGCUACAUUUAAAGGUCUGUCCCAUGUUAAGGAGUUGAAUUUGUAUUCAAACGCCAUCGAAGAUCUUCCAGACGGCGUCUUCGACCUUCUCGUCAACUUGACGAUCCUUCGUCUUGACCACAAUCGUCUGUCAGAGAUAAGGGAGACUACCUUCAGUGUCAGCACUCGCCAACGCCUUCACCUACUGGAUCUGAGCAACAAUCCCUACCUGUGCACGUGCAAUGUUCAGUGGUUCAGAUCCUGGCUGAUGGACGAAAGACAAAAGUUUGUCAAGUUUCCCACAGGUUAUGUGUGCGCACCUUUCUCAUCCAGCAGUAAACAAGUUGGAAAAACAACUAUCAUGGCGGAUGUCCGUGAGGCCGGCAAGUACAAUAACAAAUUGUCUGAUUUUCCUCAGCGUAAACCGCAGCCGAUCUCACGACAUUUCCAAAAUGUAUUUCACCAGCAGCACCAGCAGCCCGUAGACUCAGCUCACAAUGAAACAUCAGUUUCUAAAUCACGAGGCCACGUCUUUCUACCACCUGUCCACUCUACCGUUUACCUAUCUGAUUUCUUUCUGAGCGAUCAAGCGUGUCUGUUGAGCCAGUCCACCAGUCUGUUGACGGCAGUUCUGGCGGCAGUGCUGGUGGUGUUCAUGCUGACCUUCCUGGUGCUGUACAAGUACCGCUGGCACAUUCGCCUGGCGCUGUACGAGGCUUUUCGAGGAAACCCGCAACGACGACAACAACAACCUGAACGCGAGUACGAGUAUGAUGUGUUUGUGUCGUACGCCAACGAGGACGUGGACUGGGUGAGACAGGAACUCAUACCGACACUGGAAGGGAGACACGGGCUGAGGCUGUGCGUCCACCAGCGAGACUUCCCUGUCGGCGGCAACAUCAUCGACAACAUCAGCACCUGUGUGCACGCGUCCAAGCGUGUCCUCUUUGUGUUGUCGCCGCACUUCGCCAGGAGCCGCUGGUGUCAGUUUGAACUGGUGUUCUGUCAAAACUACGUCAUGGAACGCGAUGACGUCCUGGUGCUGACGCUGCUGGCGCCCAUUAGCGGUCGUGACAUGACUGACGCCAUCUCCGCCAUGUUUAAGACGACGACUUACCUGGCGUGGGGCGAGGAAGACGACGCGAGAAACGCUUUCUGGGGUCGUCUGGUGCUGGCUUUCCACGACAUUGUGCCUCGACAGGUGGCGUGAGUAGUAACAACGAGAUGAAAGACUUCAGCAGACACUGUUGUGUUCUUUUGACAACAUCCGUGUAUUAUACAUAUUAGGCGUUCUGCUUGCUGUCUUUGUAAAACUUUCUAGCAACAGCUGUACCACCUUGUUUCAUGGCUCGUGUCGCGUACUGUCUGAACUUUGACCCCUUACGUCUCGGUGGGACAUAGCGAUUGUAAUAACAGAGUAACAUAUUAAAACCUUGAUUACUUUUAUUUUUACUUCUUGAUUUAUUUACCAAGGCUUUCUAUAGCGAGGUUGCUUUGUACAUGUGCUAAAAUGAUUGAACUCUGUUUUAAACUGAAUAUGGAAAAAUCUUACUUGACGUAUUGUUAUAGGUAAACCAUUGGUUGCUGUUUUUUAUGCUGUAAAGAUGCAAAACAAUUUUAAGUAACUGGACUGCUGGAGCACUUGUACAUACAUCCUAAGUUUUGAUGAAC